CUGCACUCUAACUGCAAUAUUUUUUCGUAAGGAAGGUGGCGGCAAUGCAACAUGUUUUAGGUGCCAAACGCCGUUAAACCUCAUCGAAGAAGAAGUUGUAUUGUUUUGAUCCAUUGAAGUCGCACAUAGCCGAAAUACCGUUUGUCUGCAGUGAUGAAGACCUCCCAGGCAGUGGAGACAGAAGGCGAUAAGAUCACUUCCUGGGUGUCUGUGUGCCCCAGGGGCUUGUGGGAGGUUUGUCAGAGGAGGAAACGAGGGGCGGAGCCAACUGACCCCUCUGGAGAAGUCUACCCCGGGAUUGGCUCUCUGUGUCAGGUCAGAGUUCAACGCCAAGGAGAACAUACAGCUGACCCGGAGCUGUCACUCAAACCUGACCUGCCAAUCGCAGUCCUUUCAGAUGCCCAGGUCCCACCCCUACAGCGCUCCCAGGGUACCAUGCUGCAGGUCCCGCUUGGUGAUUGGAUCAUUCUGAGGCUGGGGGAGGGGCAGUGUGACAUCACAGAGGGGUGUGUGGAGGGGAUGAGAGCUGGAGAGAAGUGUGAGGUAAUGCUGACUCCCCUAACAGACCGACUCCGGGGAGGAGAAGAGGAGCAGAAGAGAGCAGGCCCUGACCAGUCCCUGUGUAUAACAGUAGAGCUCCAGUCCUUCUCUCCUGGCCAUGAGUCCUGGCAGCUGUCAGCUGGAGAGAAGUGGGGCUGGGUGAUGUCACACAAGCAGAGGGGGGGAGACAGGUUUAGGGCGGGGGACAUGUGGGGGGCGGCAGACAGCUACAGCCGAGCCAUCAAACUCCUCAUCACCCUAAAACUACACACCCGGGGAGAAGGGGAGGAGAUGACUCCGAUAGAGGAGGAGGAGGAGGAGGAUGAGGAGACGGAGAAGAAAGAUAGCCUAGAGGCCCCUACAGAUCGUCAGUACCGUUCCACCAAGGCCUCUCUCUACUCCAACCUAUCCCUAUGUCAGCUGAAACUGGGCCAGUGGUCCCGGGCCAGAGGGUGUGCCUCCAGAUCCACGCUGCUGGAGCCCCAAGGGCUGAAGGCCUGGUACCGCCUUGGGCAGGCCAACCUGGAGGCAGGGGAGCUGGAGGAGGCCGACAGGGCCUUCAGGAAACUACAGGAGCUCCAGCCUGACUCUCCCUCCGCCCUGAGAGGACUGAGAGAGGUGGGGAGGAGGGAGCGAGAGACGAAUAGCAGACUGGGACAGAGACUCGGCAAGAUGUUCAGCUGAAGAGGGAGAGUGAGAGAGGACUGAUAGCCAACUGGGACAGGGACUGAGUCAAAUGUUCAGGCAAGAAGGAGAGGGUGACAAUUAGCAGACUAUUUUUUCAUCCACAAAUAGUCUUAGGCUGCGUUUAUAUAAGUAGCCCAAUUCUGAUAUUCUUUCCAAUAUUAGUCUUUGACCAAUCACAAGUAAAAUAAAUAUCAGAAUUGGGAUGUCUGUGUAAAUAUGGGCACUGGAUUAUGGGAUUUAAGUGUCAGUCAUUUUUUUAUUUUUUUUUAUUGAACUGUUAAGACACUGGAGCUGUUCUAGAAAAUACAUUUAAGAAGUGGUAUAGAAAUUAGCUGGAAUUAUGGGUAGGACGGCUUUUCACAAAGUUAGGAUGAUCACUUUAUUUUAAGAAUGUGAAAUGUCACAAUAAUAGAAGAGAGAAUGAUUUAUUUCAGGUUUUAUUUCUUUCAUCACAUUCUCAGUGGGCCAAAA